AUGGCCGCAAAUAGUGCUCGUAAACUAUUGCCGUUUUUCAUCGUGAUUGACGAGGUCACGACCGUUUACAGUCGCGCAGAAUUGACCUGGGCAACUGAAGCAACACCACGUGCAAUCUUUAAUCUUCAUCCUCGAUUUUGGGGAUGGGUGAAAGGCGAAGGCACAGUCGGAGGAGUUCUAGCAGAUAUGAUCUCUGCAUCAUUGAAUAUCAACGUUUGCACGAAUGUUCACAGUGCUGCAUGCAUCGAAAAAGCUGUAAUCAACUGGAUGCUGCAAGUUUUUGGAUUCCCAGAAGAAAAUGCUGGCGGUUUACUUGUUAGCGGGACUUCGAUAGCCACAAUCAUAAGUAUAGCAACAGCUCGCCAACGGAUGUUAGUAAAUGUUCGAAAUGAAGGGCUUGGGAAUAGUUCAAAUUUAGUUGCGUAUGCAUCGACCGAGACGCAUGGUUGUAUCAUCAAAGCAUUUCAGUUGUUGGGACUUGGUUCAGAUGCAUUGCAUUUUAUACCAGUUGAUGAAACAUUUUGUAUCGAAAUUUCCGCUUUGAGGACAGCAAUUCGCGAAGAUCGGGAAAAAGGGCUCAAACCAUUUUGUAUUAUUGGAAAUGCAGGUAUAUGA